CCUCCUUUGGAAGUUCAUUCACUUUCAGUUAAAGCACAAUUUUUUUAUAUAUGAAUGAGUGUAUGUGUGUGUGUGUCUCAUUCUUAUCUUCAUUUCUCUCAAACUUCAUCAGCAAUGUCUCAGCAACCUUCUGAUCAGGUCAUCAUGGCGGCACCACAAAAUUCUGAGACAGAAAAUGGUCCUUCUUCUGCUGUUGUUGUUGCUGCUGCUCCUGCUCCUGCUGCUGAAUCUCCUCCAGUUGAGAGGAUCAAAGCCACAAGACACCCUCGUUGGACAAGGCAAGAAACACUUGUCCUCAUAGAGUCCAAGAAAUUGGUUGAAAAUGGCGAACAUGGUGGUUACCACCGAUUCAGAUCACCAGCAUCGUCAUCUGGGUUGGUUUCUCCUCAUCACGGUGAUCACAAAUGGGAUUUGGUGUCAUCACUGUGUCAGCAACAUGGUGUGAAGAGAGGUGCUGUGCAGUGUAGGAAGAGAUGGGGGAACCUUCUCACUGAUUUCAGGAAGAUCAAGAAAUGGGAAACGAGCAUCAAGGAGGAGACGGAGUCGUUUUGGAUCAUGAGGAAUGAUCUGAGGAAGGAGAAGAAGCUUCCUGGGUUCUUUGAUGCUGUGGUGUACAAUGUGCUUGAUGGUGGGGUUUGCACUGUUGGUGCAUUUCCUCUGACUCUGGUCAAAAUGAGUGAGGGAAAAACAGAGAAAACAGGGCAUGGUGUUGAAGGAGUGGGGGCAGAGCAAGGUGAGGAGGAGGAAGGGGAGGAGGGAGAGGAGGAAGAGGAUGAGGCUAUUGUUGACAGUGAGAAAAUGGGGUGGAGCACUGAGGAGGAAAACUUUGAGACAAAUUCAAAUGGAGUUAGGGUGAGUGGUCAAGUGAAAACACCAAUUCCUAGGAGGACAAGGAUGAGGGGGGGUCUCCAAUUCACACCCACAUUCACUUUGCCUAAUUCAGGCUAUCAUGGAGAACCUGUCCAAGAGGGACCAAAGAGAAGGAGAAUAUCACCAGAAAAUUCUGAAGAUGACAUUGUCAAAGUGAUGAGGAGGAACAGCGACAUACUGAAAGCCCAUCUUGGAGCUCAGAACAUGAAUCAGCAGUUGGCUAGGGAGCAGCAGAAGCAGCAGACAGAGAGCUUAGUUGCAACGCUUGGAAAACUUGCAGAUGCUCUCACCAAAAUUGCUGACAAGCUGUGA